AUGUUCGGAAGAGGACCUUCGAGGAAGAGUGACAACACCAAGUUCUACGAGAUCCUCGGUGUUCCCAAGACCGCAUCACCGGAAGAUCUCAAGAAGGCUUACAAGAAAGCCGCCAUCAAAAACCAUCCCGACAAGGGUGGAGAUCCCGAAAAGUUCAAAGAGCUAGCUCAGGCUUAUGAAGUUCUUAGCGAUCCGGAGAAGCGUGAGGUCUACGAUCAAUAUGGGGAGGAUGCACUCAAGGAAGGAAUGGGUGGUCCUGGUGGUGGCCACGACCCAUUUGAUAUCUUCUCGUCCUUCUUUGGUCAAUCUGGAAACCCAUUCGGAGGUGGUAGCAGCCGAGCAAGGAGGCAGAGGCGCGGUGAAGAUGUUGUUCAUCCUCUGAAGGUUUCCCUAGAGGAUCUUUAUCUGGGAACAACAAAGAAGCUCUCACUUUCUAGGAAGGCUUUGUGUUCAAAGUGUAACGGAAAGGGUUCAAAGUCUGGAGCUUCAAUGAAAUGUGGUGGAUGUCAGGGAACGGGAAUGAAGGUCUCGAUCAGGCAGUUUGGACCUGGAAUGAUUCAGCAGAUGCAGCAUGCUUGUCAUGAUUGCAAGGGCACAGGAGAGACCAUCAACGACCGUGACAGGUGUCCACAGUGCAAAGGUGAGAAGGUUGUCUCCGAGAAGAAGGUGCUUGAAGUAGCUGUGGAAAAGGGAAUGCAACACAGUCAGAAGAUCACAUUCAGUGGACAAGCAGAUGAAGCGCCUGAUACAGUCACUGGAGAUAUAGUGUUCGUCAUUCAGCAGAAGGAGCACCCAAAAUUCAAGAGAAAGGGAGAAGAUCUCUUUGUGGAGCACACCCUUUCUCUAACAGAGGCCCUUUGUGGCUUCCAGUUCGUCUUGACCCAUUUGGAUACAAGACAGCUUCUCAUCAAAUCCAAUCCCGGGGAGGUAGUGAAACCUGAUUCAUACAGGGCGAUAAGUGACGAGGGAAUGCCGAUACACCAAAGGCCGUUCAUGAAGGGUAAGCUUUACAUCCACUUCACUGUAGAGUUCCCGGAAUCGCUGAGCCCCGACCAGACAAAGGCCAUUGAAGCGGUUUUGCCAAAGCCGUCAAAGGCUGCUCUGAGCGAUAUGGAAAUAGAUGAGUGCGAAGAGACGACGCUGCACGAUGUCAACAUUGAGGAUGAGAUGAGAAGGAAGGCUCAAGCUCAAAGAGAGGCUUAUGAUGACGAUGAGGAAGAUGGCCCAGGCGGUGCUCAGCGUGUGCAAUGUGCCCAGCAGUGAUCCACUUGCCCAUUUUAGUGAUAUCCAGCAUUUGCUUUCGUUUUUUUUUCCUUUUCUUUGUAUUAUUUUUGCGUCUCUUUAUAGACUUUGCCAACUCGGUGGGAAGAACCUCGUCCUAAUUCAAAUCGUUAUUACAAUUUUUUGUUUUGCGUUUUGAGAAUAAAAGACUUCGUAGUUCUUGGGAUU